AUGUCUACAUUUGCCAGAGGAAACCAAAACCCAGUGGCAUGGUUAGAAGCUAUAAGUCAUGAGUUUGAAGCAAACAAUAUCCAGACCUCUUAUCUUCUACAAUCAACUAAUACAAUGAUCCAAGUCCCAGCCUUUUUAGAUGAUGAUCCUAUAAAAAAAUUGAUAUUAGUAAUAGAAGAGUUGGUAGUAUCUCUAAAAAACAAUGAUGACAGACCAAGAGGGAAUCAAAACAGAAAUCAGAAUAAUCAAGAAAAUGAAAGAGAAAGAAAUACUGAUAAUAAUAGAUCUACUAUAGACAUUCAAGCCAUGUUGGCUCAAUUGUUGAACAACAAGGAGGAGUCUUUAAACUAG